UUGUCCACCUGUGGCUGACAAUAGCAAUGACAUCGGUAGUACACAACAACAAAAUGGUGAAGAACGAAUCUCGAUUAUUGUAAAUUUAAAUAUUACAGUGUUUUUUAUAUUUAUCGCGUUCAAUUUGAAUAAAACCAGUUGUUUCUAAUGCAGUGAAACAUAACCUGUCCAAACUAACGUGAGUUUGUUUAUGCAAAGUUAAGUGUUCAGUGAUCGAUGCGUUUGGAGUAGCUGUUUUUUUAUAAUGUUUACACUAUUCGGUGAAGUAAACUUAUGGAGUUUCGAUGACAACAUUAAUAUAAAGAGUACAGACUUUGGUGCAUUUCGGUAUCAUGAUAAACGUAUUGAUAAUGUACAUGAGGAAGGGAAAAGAUCAUAUUGUCAGAAGCGUGGUAUGAUAUAUGUACCAACCAAUAAGAAAGGACAUAAAUUAAAAGAUUCUAUCAAAUAUUUGGAGGAUCAAUUGAAGGACAAUUCAAUUAUAUAUUGCCAGUGGUAUGAUGAUUGUGUCUUCCAAUUGAUGCUAAAUAAUGCCUUGUUGAUACAAAUACAGGUCAACAUUGCUACUGGUGACAUAUAUAAAAUAACUUUUGAUAAGUAUCUUGUAGGAAAACUUUCUGAGCAUAUAUCAGAUGUGGUAAUUACUAAAAAUUAUAUACUUUGCAUCUAUAAUGAUAAUCAAGUAAGCCUUGUACAUUUCACAAGAUCAAAAAGACACGUUUUUGAUAAAAUUAAUAAACUUGAACCAAAGUUAUCCACAAUUGAUCUAUUUGGUCCUAAUGGUCGCAGGUUGGAUAAAAAAGUACAAACUAAUAAAUGUGAUGAUUUGAUAUUAAUUUGGUGGAAAUCUACAAUGAAUGAAGUUUAUCCGUGGAGUCCUGCUGUUAAAGAGCAUGAUCGUGCAAAUAUACAUCUUUAUCGUCUAAUAGGAGUAAAAUUAGAAUUAAUUUGUUAUAUACGUAGCGAGUUUGAUCCCUUGUGCAUAAUAUUUGAUGCAUAUCAUGAUAAUAUUAUUCACUCUGUAGAACAAAAAGUAUCAAGAAAGGGGGAGGUGACUAUAGAAUGGAGAACAUACGAAGUUUCCCAACAAGAUAAACUGCAAAGAAUAGCAGUGAUAUCCGUGCCUUUACCUACACACACAAGUUGUGUAAAAUUCUCACCCAAUCAGGAAUUGUUAUUAUUAUGUUGCAUAGAUGGAUCUGUAAUAAUUUAUGAUCAAAUCAGAGCCACCACUACUAGUGUAAAAGCAGGUUUUAUACCUACAUUAGCAUCAUGGCACAGUGAUGGAAUAAUAUUUAUCAUUGGAAAUGACAAAGGUCAAUUCCAACAUUUUGAUAUUUCUCUGUCAUGUAUUAAAAGUCAGACCUUAAGUGAAGAAGUAACACCUGCUAAUAUUCUUGAUUUGUCCUCAUACUUCAGAACUCAACCAGCAUUAUUGCGUAUGGAAUGGAAUAAAAAGAAUGAUCUGAAUUGCUACAUUGAUCUGCACAAUCAUGGGAAUUCUCUAUUAUUACUUAUUUUUCAACGAGGCCCUAUAGGUGUCAUAAAAAUGUUAGAAGGAGAUUCUCUCUCUGGAGAUGUGUUAGUCAAAAGAUAUUUAUCCUUGUAUCAAGUUGAACAAGCAACUUCAUUAUUGUUAUCUAUGAAUUGGGAUACUCAUCCUCGCGCGUGCAUGCAUGCGCUAAAUCAAAUUUUGAAUUACUUGUUUAAAUUGCCAUUGACACCAGAACGUGAAAAUUUUAUACAGAAUGCACUAGGUAGUUUCCAUGUUCCCAUUAAACCAAUAAGUCAAACUAUCGAAGAAGAAUAUGGAGAUGAAGUAAGAGACUUAACAAGACGAUUUUUCCAUCAUUUAUUAAGGUAUCAAAUGUUUGAGAAAGCUUUUAGACUUGCUAUAGAUCUAAAUGAUCACGAUCUUUUUAUGGAUAUACACUUUUACGCAUUAGUUGUAAAUGAUAUGGCAAUGGCAACUGCAGCAAAAGAAAAUGCUGAACGUAUACUGAGUAGAUCAAACAGUUGUAAUAGUUCACAUUCUACGUGUUCUAGAGCGUCGUGUUCAUUGUGCUCCGAUUCUACGAGCGAUAAAGGAGAGGAAUCUUUCACUGAUGAGAGUGAAAAUUCUUCUAAAGGAGAUCAGACUGAUACAAAACAUUCUAAAAAUCAUAGUUAUAGAAAAAAAUCCAAUAGCCAGAUCCCACCAUUGCCAAUCCUUGAUCCUCAUCACCUUAAUAAAAGUCUAUUACCUACAUCAUUUACGGAUAUUUCGUCUAAUGAAAAAACUGAUUGCAAUCUAGUAUCAACAUCUUUCAAUAUGCCCAGCAGUACACUUAGCACAACUUCUUUUAAUCAUUCGUCGCAUCUUUCGCUGUUAAAUACGUUUUUUGCGUCAACGUCAUUUAAUAAACCGCUAUAUAAAACUCAUACAAAUUCAACGCCAACGUCAACAGUAACUUCUACUCAUACUUCACAGUCUUUUAAUAACAUUUCCGAUGAUUUAAUGACCACUUCAUUCGGAAGUCUGUCCAUGAAUGAACGAAAAUCUGUAGUAUCGAAUCGGCUUACAGAAAACUCUGUAAAUAUCACAUUGAACAAAGCUGUACUAGGAGAAAUGGAAUAUUCUCUUGAUAGCACAUCUGAUAACACAGUAACAACUAAUUUAACACAAGAAAAUAACUUCUCGUCUACUCCUUUCAACAAUCCAACAUACGAAACGUUAGAUGUGCCUUCUGAUCUGCUACACACUUCAUUAGAUAAAGUGGAUAGCAAUAUCAUGUCAACAUCCUUCAGUACACUUGGUACAAGUAUUCCAAGUCCAUAUGAGAAUUCUUUUAGUAAUUUAAUAACUAGCAAAGCUGAUUCUACCACAACUUUAGCUUCUCUUAGAAAUAUGAAGUCACCUGUUACAAUGAAUGAUUUCACAUCUAAAACACUUCCUGAACCUACUGCAGCGAACAAAUUAACAUCCAGUCUUCAUAGCAGUCAUAAUAACCUUAUGUCAACAUCAUUUAAUUUCCUUGACAACCAAGUACAAGAUUCUCGUAAUAGUAUUUCAAAGAGUAUCAAUGAUGAUGAUAGUCAUAGUGUUAUCAAGUUACAACAAUCUGCUAUGGGGAAAAAAAUGGGGGAUGUCAGCAUCCCACCACCACCACCUUCUUUAACAAAUUCAUUUACAAAUUAUUUUCAAAAUCUUCCAAGGAAGAAUCUUCCUUUAUCCAGAAGUACAUCUGGAUUAGCAGAUAUUGACGAAUCAAUUCAAAAAUUUUCGUCUAUUAGAACAAGAAAUGUCACGUCACACCUACUGCAAAGACAAAAUUCCACAUCUAACAUUCUACAAGUUCAUCAUAAAUAUAGUAAUAUUAAACCUUCUAGAUAUAGACUUAAUUAUGAUCUCGAUUACAUUUCAUUCCAUGGAAGUUGUGAUAAUAUUAAUAUACAUUCCUCUACUAACAGUAUGAAAGUUGGUGCAUCACAGUUCCCUUCUACUUACAGUAUACAGAAUAGAUUUGAGAAUAGGCAUUCGAAACUAGUAUCAUCACAAAAUAGUACAAAUAUUAGUGUUAGUAAAGAAAGUAAGGUGUCAUCAAAUAUACCACCCCUACCUGUUAUAUCUACAUCUACUUCUAGCUCCUGUUCCCCAUUCUCCCCUUAUACGGAUACAACAUUGAUAUCAAAUGAGAAACCAAAGGUCAAAUUUUCAGAUACAGUAACGCACAUAUUUGUACCUGAUACAGGCCAAUCGCUACAUAAACAAAAACGUUCUACGAUUACUCAAGUACACUUGACCGAUCCGAAACGCGAAUUAGCAGAAAGCCUUCCAUUGUGCCUUGGCAAUGAAGAUUACCUUAAGGAUUUUCAACCGUUAUCGAAAGAUGAUAUUAAUGACAAAGUAAAAGAACCCCCAAAAUCAGAGGAAGGUUCUAAAAUAAAAGUCGUACACUUUGGACUUCUAUAAAUAGAUAAAGGAUUCAGGUAUUAAAGGAAGAUGAAUGUGAGACUGUAUUUACAUGC